UGGAAUGAUAAAGCAUCAUGCAUCUAAUCUCCUUUGAGAAUUCCGCUGAACUGUUUUCUGAUGGACGUUUGAAUUAUUUGACGGCACGGACACGUGGAUAUGUAUGACUGUUGCUUCCGAACAUCAUUCGACGUUAUCAUUACAUUGUAUCGGUGUUGACACGAUAAUGCUGUAGUUUGCGUUUAUCAUGACUAAAGUGCAACUAACCUCGUCCCCAGGCUAUUGCGCAUAUGAAGCGGAAGUGUCUGGGGACGAGAUUAUAGCGAAACCUGGGGUUAUUUCCAAGGUUCUUUACAUUAGGCAUAUUACAAUAAUUGAAUUGUAACCACAUUUCAACGUCAAGACUCAAGAUAAUGUUUUAUUGAACAACAAUAAUAGUUUAGAAGGCUUUAGUGAGAAAAUGCGGUAUAAUUCUCUUUCUGCCAUUUUUGUUGUUGUUGCAUUUUCCACUUAUUGUUCACAUUCUAAAGAAAACUGUUGUUACAUAGAGAAACAAACGUGGCGAUGGUGAUACCAAGAGGAUAACUUCAACUUCAGGACAGCUACUGCCUUCAUCUGACACUUGCCUUCGUUGGACCGUGGACCCUAGUAAACCUGACCGAAUAACUUCAUAAUUCUGUUCUUCCAGCUGAUGGAAGAGAAGACACCCAUCAAGCUUGCCAUGGUGUCCAGACUGCCUAAGUUCGGUGUCCGCCCCACCACGGGGGUCACCAGCCCCCUGCCCAAUGGAACCACCCCUUCACCCCAAGACAGCAAGACCACCCCCCAAGCAAGACCCAAUGGGGUGGUCCGUGCCUCCUCCUUCUCUCUAAAAUGGAGGAAAGACGGUGGCAGUACUCCAACCACCCCCACUAGCCUUGAAGAUGAUGCAUGCCCAAAGGAGGGAGGGGACAAGCCCAAGACUCAGCACUCCACAUGGGGGAGGGAGAUCAAGAAACCGUCCCCAUCUACCCCUAAGAGGGUCAGGAGUUCUGGUUCGUCUGAGUCAUCUACUUCAAGCCCCAGGGCCAUCCCCCGCCAAGUCGCAAAGACCAGCCCCAAGGCAGGGCCCAGACAGGGGCAAAGCGCCUCCUUCAGUGGAGGCCCCAAACUAGGCCAAAAUGGAGCUACUGAUGGCUCAGGACAGUCAGGGCUGGUGAGGCCACGGGCCAGCUCCAGCUCCCCUCACAGCAGCUCUAGAGAUAGCCUGUCCCAGUCCAGCGACAGCCUCAAGUCCCUCACACUGGACAACAUGGUGCGCUCGCAGAGUUUCACCCACUUCAAGCAGAUCCCGUCCCCGACCAACUUGCCCAUGGCACGCUCCUUCUCCUUUAACCGGGCAGUGGAGCUGGCCAAGCCUCUGGCCAACACACAGCUACAACCACCCAGGACCAACCACAUCAGACCCCACCAGCUGUCGAAUGGGAGGCAGGGCCUGGGGAUGGGCCUCGGCCUGGGGACAGGGCUGGGGGGGCUUCAGUAUCCUAGGAGCCUCUCUUCAGCCGGCUCCCCCUCCACAACCCCUAGUGCCCUGAAAAAACCUCUUCUCCCCAACUGUGUUCUGAACAAGCCUUCUGCUCUGGGCUAUAGACUGACACGGCCUGACCAGGUCAAGCAGCAGAAACCCCUGUUUACAGGGAGGGUGAAGGGGGAGGUCAGGGCUGGAGGAGUGGGGGACGGGGAUAGGGCAGAGUCACCCCCCCUCACCCUCACUCCAGACCCCCUUAGUGACAGCGACAGGACCUCAGGGGGGCAGCUCAGGGGGACAGGGGAGGGGCUAGAGGACAUGUCUCUCUCCUCAGCCUCAUCGCUCUCUCGAGGAGACACCAGUGAGGAGUUCUUGGAUGACUUUAAUAACCUGGCUGAUGGGGAUGUCCCAGACAACAGGGCGAGAGGUAGUACUGCCACUCAGACCCGCCUGCGUAGCUUCCUGAAUGAGACCAUGGACUGGAAUGAGAUGAGCCUCUCAGGGCGGAAGGAGGAAGUUGGGGUGAGGACAGCCCUUGACAUCCUGCCCCCAGAGAGGGCAGACUUCCUUCAGGGCUCGUCUCUGGAGCUGUCCCCUUCCAACAGCUCGGGGGGCACCUACAUGUGGGACGAGGAGGAUCUGGAGCCCCUGGGACCCAGAACACACCCAUGUGAGAGCUAUGACGACUCAGACCGCCUCAACAGCAUGGACAUUCUGAACAACCUGGACCCCCUGGAGCCAGCUGACCUGGAGGAUGACGACCUCAUGCUGGACGUGGACCUCCCUGAGGACGGCUCUCAACGAACACAGACAGCAGUGGCUCCAGACGCUGAUGAGAUGGCCCAUUCUGACCGCUCAGAGAGGGGGGGACGAAAGGGUCACUGGAGGAGGAGGCAGCCUCGCUGGAAUGGACUAGACCACUUCCAUAAUGACAACAGGGGUCCAGUGUUCCAGCAGUAUGAGGGUUACACUUGUCAUGGAGGGUUCAUGGUUGGCCCCCGUCCUCUUCCUCCUGUAGGGAGACACGAUGGCUACUCGGGGGCGCUGGACGAGCUCACACUCAAACACAUGGCCCAGGACUGCAGCUCUGUGAAAAACAAGCUGCUCAAACUCAAGAGUUUAUUACAGAUGGAGGAUGGAGGCCCAGAGCUUGUGAAAGAGGGCGAGGAGGUUGAGGAGGAUAACAGCACAACUAUACAGUUGGAGGAGCUAAUGAAGGAGGUGCGGGAGCUCAGGGAGGAGCUGAGGGAUAAGGACAGGACAAUCACGAAGCUCACACGACAGCAACAGGCGUCUGCUCACGCUGACCAGCCUGGGAGCUGUCACUGUCACCAGAGGGCACCGUCGCUGGAAGAGGACAGACAGACGCACCAAGACAAGGCCACACAGACCCCCUGGAGAGGACAAGGAAACAGCCAUGCCGAGGGAGAGAGGGAGAGAGGUAGAGAGAGAAAGAGAGAGACCCCAGAGAUUCCACACUCACCGCCCUGCCCCCAGCUACCACCAGAACGCUGCUGCUUUGUAAAACAACUUCAUAUUAUCAGACAGCUUCAAAUACUACAGCCUUCCAGCCCCAGCCACCACGAGCACCUCACCCAGGAAAGACUAGUAAAAACAGCCCUCACAGAGGGCCACAGUGACCCCCAGAGAAGGAGGAGCAGGGGAGAUGGGUCCCCUUGCACAGACUCUGACCGCCCUGCUAGAAGCCCGGCCAUGGGUGUCGACACUCCCCCAGUGCCCAACCCAGACGAGUUGAGUGUGCUACUCAGCACCCAGCUCAACAUCAAUGACAGAGAAGGGCCUGGGACCACCCCCAGCCCUACCCAGGGGCUCCCUGCAGCCAGCAGCCCAGCAACAGGAGCACUGUCCAGGCCAGACGGGGGGCAGCGAGCCUCUCCAGAGGGCCCUGGCUGCCCUCGCGUCCUGCAGCGGCCUCGCCUCCACAAGCGUGUGUCUGUCCCAGCUCUGCCUCAGAGGUACACUAAUGGCUCUCUUCUCCGAUCAAGCUCUGUAGGACUGCUGGCCAACCACAGGACCAAGCAGCUGCCGCCUCCCUCCAGGGGUCUACCCUGCUUCAAUUCUGGUCCCCAGGCAGUGGGCCCCUAUCUGGGCCGCGGUGUGCUUGCUCAGCCCCGCACGCUGGGGGUCAGGAGGGACCUCGAGAGCACCAGCCCUCCUAGUCUGGAAAUGCUAGACCUGGGACUUCUCAGAGCUAGAGUCCUGGUUCCCCCCAUCCUGUCACGCCUCCCCAAGCCAAAGAUCCAUUGAAGAGUUCACAUCAUCAAAUAUAUUGUAUACUAUACUGUAUAACAUCUCGCCUCUUCCACAGCCUCAUGGUUAUGACUGAGAUACGUGGAGGGACUGUUUCUAACUGACAAAUCUCCUUCAUAAAUUGUCCAGUUACUUACUUAGCAGCCUUUCAUUGCACAUAGUCAUUAUUUUUAUAUAUAUGACAAACAUUCAUAUUUUUUAUUUGGUAAUCUCACUUGUGUGUUUUCUUUAAGAACGCCAAGAAUGUACAGAAUGCUCCGGUCAACUCUACUCACACUCACAUGGGUCCUUCCUCUGGAACAGCAGAACAUGGUUUGACCAUGGUCUUCCAUGACAUCAGCAAUGUUACAUUACCCCCAGAGGGUAAACAUAGAAUGACAGAAAAAAAGCGGGGGGGGGGGAUAAGGAGUGGAGCUUUCUGCUCAAACAGGGAAGUGGAUUGAAUGAAGAAUCAUUCAAAGAAAGAGGCUCAAACAUACACAGAAUUCUCCUGAAUAAACCACAGUUCAUCUUGUCGUCCUAUUCCACCUCUAUGAGUAUGUAAGGUGAUGUGUGUCUGUGUGGGUGCUCUCCAUUUCCUUUGAGAUCAACAUCAGUGUUUAUUGUAUUUUGAGUUUAGAGCUAAGGUCAGUUUGAGGAUUUGAGGGUUAUGUUUAUCUCCUCUUCAGAAUAGUGGUUAACGUUUGGAUGCAUCCAGACAUGGAGAGUGUGUUUAACAGUUUCUGACAGACUAUGACAGCUUCCAUGAAUGUGGGCUAUGGCUGUAAGUUAAUGCCUCUGGCACUCUCUGUUUUACAGUACCCAUUAAUACCAUGCACACAUGAAACACACACACACACACCAAAUACUCUCACCACUUUGGCGCUGUCCAUAAAUUCAAAUCACUGUACACAGUAGUGUUGUUUCAAGUAAUUUAUUACAGUUAGCUAGAUGGUCAACAGUGUCUUGUUUUUUCAUUUAGUAUAAAUCCGACUGACUGAGAGAUACACACACUUCUGGAAAGUUCUCAUAGGGAUAUUGAUCCAUCUGUCCCCUACAGCAAGACAAGAUGGGUGCCAGUGUGGUCCUUGGGGACUGAGCUGAGCCCAGGUGAUGACAGGACUGUGUGUGUGUGUGUGUGUGUGUGUGUGUGUGUGUGUGUGUGUGUGUGUGUGUGUGUGUGUGUGUGUGUGUGUGUGUGUGUGUGUGUGUGUGUGUGUGUGUGU